CUCCCUUUCUUCCUCCGCCCCCCACACCGCCUCUCCUCACGUCUUCUUUGCACAGGAGAUUAAGGCGCAUCUGAUUGAGCAGUCAAUACUCCGCUUCUGGAACGGAAGACACCUCAUUGCGAGCAGCUCCACAAAGCGCCUUCGAAACGAUGGCGGACACGCAGGACAAUCGGCCUGGUGAAGACGAGGACGAGGAGGACGAGAUCGAUGAUGCCAGCUACAAGACGAUUAAAGAUGCCGUCCUCUUCGCAAUCGACGUCAGCCCCUCAAUGCUGGAGCGACCGCCACCGUCGGACGAUAAGAAAGCCGAGCGCGACUCCCCGACGUCUGCUGCCCUCAAAUGCGCCUACCAAUUGAUGCAGCAACGCAUCAUCUCGAACCCGAAGGACAUGAUGGGCAUACUGCUGUUUGGAACAGAGAAGACAGAUCUGAAGGACGGCGACCCCACAUUCCAGCACUGCUAUUUGCUAUCGGAUUUGGAUGUGCCAUCCGCGCAGGACGUCAAGCAGCUAAGGGAUCUGCUGGAAGACGGCGAGGCGGCGGCCCAGAUACUAAAGCCUGCCAAAGAGCCAGCCAGCAUCGCGACGGUGCUAUUCUGCGCAAAUCAGAUCUUCACGACGAAGGCGCCGAACUUCUCGUCGAGGCGACUCUUUCUGGUAACGGACAACGACUACCCAGUCAAAGUCAAGCAGGACAAAGACACAGCUAUAACACGGGCGCGCGAUCUAUACGAUUUGGGAUGCACAAUCGAUCUCUUUCCCAUCUCGAGGCCUGAUCGUGGCUUCGAUCGAACCAAGUUCUAUGAUGACCUAGUAUACCCUACGUCACCAUCGGAUCCGGACGCGCCGGUAGCAAUACCGUCGACGUCGAAAGUCGCAAAAAGCGGAGAAGGCCUUACACUUCUGAGGCAGUUACUCUCAUCAAUUAAUUCCAAGGCUGCUCCUCGGAGAGCUCUCUUCAGCCUUCCUCUCGAGCUAGGACCGGGUCUGCGAAUAGGCGUGAAGGGCUUCAUUCUGAUCAAGCGCCAGGAACAUGUCAAAUCGUGCUACGUAUGGGUCGGUGGGGAGAAACCUCAGAUCGUCACUGCUUCGACCUCCCACAUGGCAGACGACACAGCUCGCGUAGUCGAGAAGGGCGAGCUCCGGAAAGCCUACAAAUUCGGUGGCGACACAAUAACCUUCACCCCUGACGAAUUCACUCAGAUCCGCCAAUGCUUUGGCGAUCCCAUUAUCCGCAUCAUCGGCUUCAAGCCUCUCUCUUCGCUCCCCAUCUGGGCGAAUACCAAUAAGGCAACAUUCAUGUACCCUUCCGAAGCCGACUUUAUUGGUUCAACACGCGUCUUCUCCGCCCUCCAGCAGAAGCUACUCAAGAGCAAAAAGAUGGCUCUAACCUGGUUCAUAGCCCGUAAGAACGCUGCCCCCGUAAUGGCAGCUCUUAUCCCCGGCGAAGAGAAAAUCGACGAGAAUGGCGAGCAGUCAAUGCCUCCAGGCCUGUGGCUCGUCCCCCUUCCCUUCGCCGACGACAUCAGACGAUGUCCCGAGCAAACCGAAAGCUUGAAAACCACCGACGCCCUAACGGACAAGAUGCGCAUCGUCAUCGAGCAGCUGCAGCUACCGAAGGGCGUGUACGAUCCUAGCAAGUACCCAAACCCAGAUCUACAAUGGUUCUACCGCAUCCUGCAAGCCAUGGCCCUCGAAGAAGAAGUCCCCGAAAAUGUAGACGAUAAAACAAUCCCGCGGUACAAACAGAUCGACAAGCGGGCCGGGGACUAUGUCAAAGAGUACGGCGACGAAUUCGAAAGCGUUUUUGCCUCACAGAACCGCGCUAACUUGACGUCCCGCGCGAAGCCCAAAGCCUCGUCUGCUGGUAGAAAGCGCACCGCGACGCCAGCGGAUGGUGAGGAUGAGGGCAAGCCGAAGAAGCGGGUCAAGAAGGAGCCGAAGGUUAAGGAGGAGGGUGAUGAGGAGGGAUUAACGGACCAGCAGAUGGCAGAAAUUAAUGAUAAGGGGCAGAUCACUAAGCAAACGGUCGCGCUGUUCAAGGAGUUUUUGGGGAGCAGGGGUUUGGCCAUAGCUGGGAAGAAGGCCGAGUUGAUUGAGAGGGUGCAAGAGUAUCUUGAGAGUAAGGGACUGUAAUUCAACGUGGGAAAGCUGUUGUGCGGCGUUCGGGCGUACGGGCGUACAGGCAUGAGACGAGUGGUUUUUUAUAUCGGCGAUGAGAUGCAGCGCUGUGAUCUAGUUACUCCAUAUUUGGUGCCUCGUUCAACGGGACUGCAUAUGGCUUGAGUCCGGCACCGCAGCUAGAUGAAGCUUAACGAUAAGGUUAAACCCCGGGGGCCUCAAAGUCGGAACUGCAUUGAGACUUAGAUUAUG